AAUAGGAAAACUGUGCUGUCAGUCUAUUUAGUAGUCUUUGAAAAAAAAAAAAAAUUCUGCCUUAGUGCAUGCCGAUACUCUUUGUCAUUUUCCUCUCUUUCAUUCUAUUAUACGGAAAGUUGAACUCCCAAGUUUUUCCUAUUCUCUGACUUUCCCCCAUAACGACCUCUUCUUUCGCCAAGCCAAUAGCGCCCGCCAAAGCGCGCCAAGGCCACAUUUUAUUUGCAACCCUCUCUCCUGGGUGGGUUUUCUUUUGCAGGACAUCGGGCAGAAGCGGGAAAGAUGCCUCGCAGGGGCCUGGACGCUCUCGUGUUCCCCGGCAAGUACCUGGUGGACAAGAUCGCCGGUCUUAAAAAGCAACAGCAGGAACAGAGCAGGAGGAAGGUGACGGAACGGGAAUUGGCCCACCUGCAUCAUAAGAUCGAUAAGUUGUUAGUGCGGUUAGAGGAACACGAACCUGAACAAGCCCAAACUCAAGAUGAAGAAUGCGCCAUUUGUAUCAGUGCCAAAGCAACCAUGCAAACUUUUCCAUGUGGUCAUCGCGUCGUGUGCCGAAAAUGCUUCGUCAAGACCAUCCAGAUGGCCGUGUCCCAGAGACUGUUACCGCUGCGUUGCGUCAUAUGCCGUGCCAAGAUUCUUAGGUUAAAGCAACUCUCCCCGAGCAACAAGAACAAAAGCCAACAACACCAGCAACAACAAGAACAUGGCAGCGGCGACGGCCAUCAUGGCUUUCAGCAGUCGCCACUCGCCAAUCCACUUCCAGAUGGCCAACUUCUGCAGCGUCAUAUCCGUAGACCUCCAUACUUAGUUAAUAGUUCCAUCUUGUACCCCAUGUCUUCGCAUCGCAGAGCAGCGAAUCUUCGACAAAGGAUGGCCUUCAAACCACCGAAUCUCUUGUCGAUACCGGAGAGUGAGGAACUGGAUCUUGUGAAUGCUGUCCAGGACAGAGAAGUUCUUUGUCCAGACUUCGGGAAUAUUGAGAAAAAGUGGUCAGAGAAGGAGAUUUUGAAGGCACAACUCAACGCGAAAGAUCAGUUGGGUAAGGCUGACCAUUACCAGGUGGCCAAAUGGUUGUCGAAAUUCCGUCAGUUCAAGCCACCUUCCAUUUUGAAAGGCAUAAGGAACAGGUGGAAGAAGUAAAAUUCCAUAUUUGUUGUUUGUUUUAUGUUGCAGCAAUACAUGUCUUGGCUAAUCGUGCAAUAACAAUGUGAUAACUGUGUUAAUGUGACUAACAACACGAUGUUUCCCUUUGUAAAAUCCAUUCCUCGGUUUGUCAUUCAUUUGCUUCAAAAGACAGCCAUUUUUCAUGCAAAUUUCUUUACUUUCAUUCUAUUAAGUUCUUAUUUUAUGCAAUAGUUAAAAUUAUGAAAAGGAAAUUAUUAUUCACACGAAUAUUUCGCAUCGGUUAAAUAUAUAUUGACAUCUAUUCAGAAAUAAAACUAAAAAUUAUUUACUUUUUAAAAAGUUCUUUUUUUUUUUUCGAAUUCCGUUUCUCGCAAGAAAAAAAAAGUGAAAUUCUGAUACAAUCAGAAUUCCCAUUUAUGUCUUCUAUUCUUAUAGGAAAUCAACAGCUAGGAUUCUAGAAAAUCUCAUAACAAUAGAAAAAUAAUUUAUAAUUAGAUGAAAAGUGUAAAAUAUAAAAUCACUUAAUAAAUUUACAUAUAAAUCUAAUAAAUAGAUUAUCUCUCUUUCUCUCUAAAUCAUUUUUGAGUCAUUUCAUAAUAGAAUUUUAAAAAACAAACCGAGAAAAUUUGUAAUGUCUAAGAGGAAAAAUUAGCAUCGGAAUUUGUAUUGACAUGUAUUUUUUUUAUCAUUUUUUUCGAACAGAAUUUUUCUGGGCGUGCUGUUUGCUAAAUGGAUGCCUUUGGCGGUGCCUUUAAUUUUCUAGAAUAGGUAAAAUAUAGAUGCUUUUAUUUUCUGAUUGAUAAAAGAUAACUCAGAAUUUUUUUACAAAAUAAUUGUGAAAUUUUCGUUUUCGUAUCAACAUUGGGCUUGACAAAAGAAACAGUUGGUGCACUUAACAAAGAUGAAAAAAAAUCCUUGUUUUGAAUUUUUUUUCUAAAAAUGAGUGGCAUUAAUCAUGUUUUUGAAACGGCAUAAAAUUAUUUAAGUCGUAGAAAAGCCCAAUGUUCUUAUUUAAUAACUUUGAUUUUGUUGAAAAAAAAGGUUUUUUUUUUUUGUAUAGUUUUGUUUUGCCAACUUUGAUCCCAAUAAUUUCAUUUGAAAAAGUAAAUUUUAAAUUUAUUCGCUCCAAUUUUAAAUAAAUAUGAAUAUAGUCUUGGUACUUGGAACGUACAGGGAAAGGUUUUAUGAAGAAUUUAAGAGUCUCGCUAAUCUGAAUCAGAUGAAAUUCAAUUUUACUUGAAUUCAAAAGUAAAGUAUCAAAUUGAAAACUUAGAAUUUCGGAAGUUAAUGAAAUGAGCUUAUCAGAUCGUAUUAGUAAAUUUUUUCAUUAACUAAAAUUCACUUAUGUAACAUAUUUCUUAUAAACAAUAUUAUAUACACUUACCUGGUUAUACUUUCAUCGCAAAUACAAUUAAGUGAGCAGAGUAAUGAGUAAAGACAGUGAGUGGUGACGCAGGAAUAAAUGGUGAUCAACACAUUAUGGGAUGCAAUGGGAAAGUUUUUUAAUUUGUUAAAUACAACUCUGAUGCUGAUCACCAAUACAUUUGGGGAUAGCUUAUACGAAACAUAUAAGGGAUUACCUAGUUAUACUUUCAUCGCAAAUACAACUAAGUAAGCGGGAUAGUUAGUAGGGACAGUGAAUGGCGACAGUGACUGUACAACGAUGAAUGACCAACACAUUAUGGAAUGCAAUUGGAAUUUUUUAAACUUGUUAAAUACAAUUCUGAUGCUGAUUUCCAAUACGUUUGGGGAUAUCUUAUAUGAAACGCCUAAGAGAUUCGAGUCACAACUAAGGAAUACCUGAUUAUACUUUCAUCGCAAAUACAAUUAAGUUAGGAUAGUAAGUAGGGUCAGUGAAUGUCGAUACUGAUUGAGCAAUAAAGAAUGGCCAACACAUUACAGAAUUCAUAGGGAAAUUUUUUUAGCUUGCUAAACGCAACUCUGACGGUGAUUACCAAUACAUUUGGGGAUAGCUUAUACGAAACACUUAAGGGAUUCGAGUCCAGCCCAAUAUUUUGUGAAAUGCUUCAGUUGCCUAUAUUUCUUUAAUAUGGAUCUCUGUAAUGUCGUUUAAAAUAAUGCCAACGGAAAGUUGUAGAACUAUUAUGACUUUUAGGGACUUGUAUGCUUCUUAAUGCGCUUAUUUACACUUCCGAAAAAGAUGAUAAAAAUACAUAAAUAAAAAUAACGUCAUAGGCAAUGCAUUUUUAAUAUGAUACUUAUAGGCUGCUUUCUAUUUGUAAACUGCUCGAGGAGAUAUCCUUGAUUGGAAAAUUUUACAAACCAUGUACAGACUGUGGCGGACUUUCAGUUAGCCAUAGCCAUACAACUACAUUUUUGCCGCCAGGCUGAGAGAGGUCCACAAGCAGGUUGAUUAAUAGAUUUUAUUUUUCUAGUUGCCAAAGAAAUAAAUAUUUGAAUGAUAAUAUAAUAAUUGAUAUAACAAUAACACUCACUUUACCAAGUAUAAUUAGUCAUCCUCUUAUUUGUUUCAUUAUGUUCACUUAAUUAUCAGAAUAUUAAUAUCUAAAGUCUGUUACAAUAAUAUUUUGUACAAAGUGAAUGCCAGACAGUUUGGAGACAUAAUGGAUAUAUAAAAACAAAUGCAUAUUCAUAAAGUUGGUAAAAUUAUUAACAUAAAAUAAAAAAAUUAACAUUUAAAAAAAGUGCUGAAACUAAAUUGACAAUUUUUUUAACAAAGGGCGUCAUAAUGUGCUUUGUUUGGGGCCGUAAAAAUACCUAAAUCCGCCAUUGUCUACAAGCAGAUAGCUGAACCUAGAGCUUCUAAAUUUAGCUACUAUUUAUUUUUUGGUAGCAUAUGCUCUUUAAUAAACGAUUUUAUAAAACUAUGAUUAAUGUUUUUAUUAAAAAUUAAUCGAAAGGUUAAGGUUUCUCCUUAAUUACUUCAGAACAUAUAAUCGCAUAAAAAUCACUUUUAUACCACUUUAAAAUUACAAUCAAAUUAGUUUCUCAGUGAUAUAGCUUUUACUCUUUAUUUUCUAAUUUAAAAAAUUUAACAUUUAUAAAUUAAUUUCUAAUAUAUAAAAAUUAAAUCAUUUCAUUGAGUAAACACACAAGCUUUGCAGUGAGAUUAAAAGCAUUUGUAGUGAAUGUGUUAUCAUUAUUGUAUUUAAGAAUAAAUUGUUAAAAAAUUGUAUAAAGAUAGAUGGAAUAGAUUUAAGAUCAAUAUCCAGAAGCCAAAGUUGAGUUAUUGUGGAGGGAUUUCUCGCCAAAUGCAAUGGUAACAAUUUUUUAUUGCAACCCUGAAAGAUAUUUGUUGCCAUCUUUGAUAGCCAUCCAAGACAGUGGACUCUUGGCAAGUUUUUGAACAGUUGGCACGAUUUUGAGGUGUCGGGUGAGAAACUGGGCGUUAUAUAUAAAUAAAUCAAUCACAAAAUUUUAAUAUGAACGAAUGUAUGAAUAACAGUAAGAAACCUUUAUGAAAACGUAGACAACUGCCAUCGAAACUUUCAUUAAUUUUCCCUGGAAAAAACAACACUAUAAAUUUUAAAAAAUGACUGAUGAAGAAAAUGAAAAAUGUUAUAUUUUUGUAUUCAUGACUGAAAUCCCUAUAUUUUAAUGUUGUGAAACUCAUAAUGUAAAUAAUGUUGAACAAAGUUAAUUGUAACUUUUAGUGACAAAAUGAACUCAUGGCGAACUGUCACUCAUGGAACUCGAAUCAUACAGUAAUAAAACUGAAGAAUGAAAAGAAUGGAUUGAAAAAGGUCAUUCAUCUAAGAAAUGAUGACUUGUAAAAACAGAAGACAAUGAAUUAUGAUUAGAUUAACGAGACUCUUGAAAAAAACCCAUUUUUUUUUUUUUCAAAUUCUUAUCAAAAUUCUUAACAUUUUUUUUCUUUUGUAUAACUUUAAUGUGAAACAAAACUAACUUAAUUCCAUUUUAUUGAUUAAUUAUCAAAUGUCUGAAGUCAAACGAAUUGUUCCAAGAAACUAGAGCUGCUUUGCUUUUAAGAUUGUAACUUAAGCAAUACAAAAUGGCGAAAAGCGUACCAAAGCGAUUUCUUCAACUAAUACAGAAUUCAUUUGUAUUGGAUGUAUAUAAUUGCUGAUUGCGAAAAAGGCAGCCUUUUAAAAACUAUACAUAGUAUUUUUAUUGUAGGAUUAUGCAUUUCAUAAAAUCAUGUUUACAGUGCCUUGUAUAAAAGGCACCAUGAGUAGAUGUAAUGUGUUGUAUUGUAACUUCUUAUUUUAACAUAAUAUCGUCGUCAUCACUCAUAAUGUUUUGUAUGGUAUAAUGUCAACCAUUGAACUUGUGUCUUGAUAUUAUAAUAUCUGUAUCUUAGUAGAAUUUGUAUUAAUGUAGUCUGAAAAUAUUGCUUCCAUGUGUAUAUUUUUUUGUUUUUCGAAGUGUUUCGAUUUUUUUUUAAAUUCUUUAUCUGUAUAUGUUUUAUAUAAUGAUUUACAGUUAAAUUUUAAUUAUUUUUAGUUGAAUGCAUUAAAUGUAAACAUUUAUUCCAAUAGUUUGUUUUUUCAUCCAUGCUUUAAAGAAAAAUUUGGGAUAUUUUUUUUUCCAUUUUUAAAACAAUCACCCAACACAUACGCCUCCUGGUAAACAGUAUUAAGUCAAAGAAAGCAUUGAUUCGGUGACUUGAUGGCAUCUAAUGUUGAUAUUUCGUUUAUUUGAUGCAUCUCACUAAUUUUAUCCAGAAUGACUUUUUAACAAAAUGCAGGCUAAUUUUCAAAUUCAAUAAAGGUACUAAACCAGGGAAAGAUUUUAUUUAUUUAUUUUUGUAAUUCUUCGAAAACUUUCAUCCUAUUUUUUUAAGGAUGCACACACAUAUAAAAGUUGCAGAAAUUGAAAUCUUAUUGUUCUUUUUUGUUAGAUUUUUCUAAAACAACAUGCUUUUUUCCAUAUAUGUUUGAGUGAAAUGUUGAAUUUUUUUUAUAAAAAGAAAAUAAACAUGAAAUGAAUCAUUUAAAUUACUAUGAUUUUACCCAACUUGUCUUUGUUAAUGAAUUCAAAAGAAAAUAUUUUCUUAUAAUGAAAUAGACGAUAAAAUUACCUCUUAUUCGUACGUUAUAGUACAUAGAAAAAAAAAUUCCAAAAACAGAAAGAAAACAUUAGAAAUUAUCUUGGCAGUUUUUGUUACGUAGAAGUUUUGUCUUGAACUAUACAUAUAAUACUCUUAAGAAUCGUAAAUAUCGUCUUUAUUUCGUUAUCGAUUUACAAAAAACUGGAGAAAAAUGCUUAUUUAAUAGAACAUUUUAUUGCCAAAGGAAUUUUUAAACUUAAAAAAACAAUAUUUAUAUGCGUUCAAGUUUCUCCUAAUUAAAUUAAAAUGCUUUAAUAAAAAAUAAGUUAAUUUGAUUAUAGAGUGUUUAAUUCAUUUCUUUUGUAAAAAUUAAAUACAUCCGCGUCAUUAAAAAAUUAUUUCAUUUCCAUAUCUGGAAAGUAUUUGAAGAAAGAAAUUCGUAUUGCCAAGCAGUUUUUAAAAACAAAGAUAACUUUUAUUAAUUUGAAAAGCAAAGAUGAUUUUUAUUAAAGCCAAUGCUUGAGCUGACAAUAUUGGAAUAAAUUUAUUCACCAUUUUUUUUUUUUUUUUUAAUUUCUCAACAGAAUUCGGAACGAAUUAUUCUUGUUCUCAGUUUGCUUUUAUUCUAAUUCUUUAUAUCCGAUAGCAUACUUCAGAGGAAUGCAGCAAAAUUUAUCGUUUUGAAGGCGAAUAACUUAAAACAGCAGGGAGUGGGUGGUCUUGCCAUCUUUCACUUUCGAAACUCAUAUUCAUAUUUCCCUUUUUAUUACCGUCUCGAAAUGGAGUUCUAAAAAUAGAACGAGUUUCGCAGUAUUCAUUUAGAAUCAGAAAUAUUUUCUCCUGCUGUAUGUCCCUUGUUGAAAGAAAUGCCAAACGAAUGACGGAGUUCGUUAAUCAAUAGUAGGUACUACUUUCUUCUUUUUUUUUAUAGAAGUGAAAGAUCGUUAAAGGAAUUUUGCCAUUUUCCAAAAUUUGAUGGUAGUGAAAUUUUAAUUCCUGUAUAUGUUUGUAAUGCUCUUUUAACUAUUUCAUGUGCUUUACACCGUUGUAGCUGAAAUUUAUCUGUUACAUUAAACUGAGCACAUCUCUGUGGUAUCUUGGACUUUAAUAUACGCCAUUACUUUCCAAAAUAGUCAAAUUCAAAUAACUGCAAAAUUUUCGAUUUUGUUUUGAAAUGAUUUCUUUUGCAAAUAUUUUUUUUUGUCAUAAGUUUGCAUUUUAUUUUCUUGAUUAAAACUGUAGAUUAUUACGAUAAAUAUUAUCUGAAUUUUUUUUGAAAAGCUCAUGUCUUUCUGUUCUUGCCUACUGUCACUAUGUGUAUUAUUAUAAUUCUUGUUGUUUUCAAUCCUGCUGUUUACAGUAAGUGCGUUGUAUUUGAAAUAGCGAACAAAAUCUGUGUGUGUAUGUUACAUAAGAAGCUGUCAUUUCGUAGUUGUAACAUUUGUAUUGUGUACAUAAAAAUGAAUAUAGUCAUAGUUUAGUAUGAUAAAUAAAAGAACAUUUAAACAUGA